AGAAAAUGCCCACAACCUUUUCUCACUAUAUACAUCAUCCAGUCCAUCUACUAAGCAGAAGCCACGUGUCACCACAUGGUUAGCUGCUUAUCUACUAUCCCCUCCACUCCCAAAAAAAUUCAGUUAAGUGGCUGAAAACUAGUUACAAGAACUUCCUCCUAUAAGCAACAACAUUUUUUUUCUUGCAAAUAAUUUUAUUUUAUUUAUUAAAAAAAAAGAAAAAAAAUGGAGACUAGCAUUGCAUGUUGUACUCGUUCAACAAUCUUGCCUAAUGUUUCUUCACAGCAAUAUUCGGCUGCCCUCGCCUCGCCCCGCUCCGUUUAUCCUUCUUUUAGCUCCAAGAGUUUGAAAGCAAGCUCGCUGUUCGGAGAAUCGUUGCGUGUGGCGCCAAAAUCUUCGUUGAAGUUUGUCAAGGCAAAGAAUUCUUCCUCCCUUGUGACCAAGUGCGAGAUCGGUGACAGCCUGGAAGAGUUUCUAUCGAAAUCCACGAAAGACAAGGGCCUGAUUAGGCUAAUGACAUGCAUGGGAGAAGCACUAAGAACAAUUGCAUUCAAAGUGAGAACUGCUUCUUGUGGAGGAACAGCUUGUGUCAACAGUUUCGGCGACGAACAACUAGCCGUUGAUAUGCUCGCCGACAAGCUUCUUUUCGAGGCACUGGAAUAUUCUCACUACUGCAAAUACGCAUGCUCCGAAGAAGUACCCGAGCUACAAGAUAUGGGAGGACCUGCUGAAGGAGGAUUCAGUGUAGCGUUCGAUCCACUAGACGGAUCGAGCAUAGUGGACACAAACUUCACAGUAGGUACAAUAUUCGGAGUAUGGCCAGGCGACAAGCUUACUGGUGUAACCGGUUCUCAACAAGUGGCUGCAGCUAUGGGCAUUUUCGGUCCUCGUACUACUUACGUUCUUGCCCUCAAGGAUGUUCCCGGAACACACGAGUUUCUCCUCCUCGACGAAGGAAAAUGGCAACAUGUGAAAGAUACAACCUCAAUUGGAGAAGGGAAAAUGUUUUCCCCUGGUAACUUGAGGGCUACCUUUGACAACCCUGAUUAUGCCAAGCUGAUCGACUACUAUGUCCGCGAGAAAUACACGUUGCGAUACACAGGAGGAAUGGUCCCUGAUGUUAAUCAGAUCAUAGUGAAAGAAAAGGGAAUAUUCACAAAUGUGAUAUCUCCAACUGCAAAAGCAAAGCUGAGGCUGCUGUUUGAAGUGGCUCCGUUGGGAUUCUUGAUCGAAAAGGCAGGCGGAUUCAGCAGUGACGGAAAACAAUCGGUUCUCGAUAAAGUGAUUAUUAAUCUUGACGACAGAACUCAAGUUGCUUACGGAUCGAAAAACGAGAUCAUCCGAUUCGAAGAAACACUCUACGGAUCAUCCAGGCUCAAAACCGCUGCACCCGUUGGAGCUUCUGCUUGAUCACGACGAAUUUAAUGAAUUUUCUAUUAUUAUUAUUUUUUUCCCGUUCGGCUAGAUUGAAAAUGCUGUGUACACAAACUUGUCGAUGAUGUUAUUUUUUUUCUACGAGAAUUAAUGAUGCAAGUGAAUUUAUGAUCAUGGUAUCAUCAAUUGUUGUAUCAGUUUGAUAUCUCCUUAACUUCUAUUUUCAUUUUUAA